AAGCCAAAGUCCAGGUCUAGAGUCAGAGUCACAAAAACUGUCAAGUUUAAAUCGAGCCGAGGAACCAAAAACAUGAUGGAUCAGAUGAGGCGCGCGCGGGGGCGGGCGUUGUGGGCGUUGUGGGCGUUGUGGGCGUCAUACCUGGGGUGUUUCUGCCUUUUGCUUUUUUUUUUUUUUUUUUUUUUUUUGAGGGUGGAGUAUGUACUGUACAUACAGUACUGUAGAGCAGGUGCUGUUGAGGUUGUUGACGAUGGUGGUUUUAUUGGUGGUGAGGGGGAUGGUCAAUUGGAGUGGAAGAGGAAGCAGAAGAUCCUAGUUUCUGAAUUGAUCGACACUGGACUGGAUUGUGAAGCUGCCGUAUGCUCUGAAUCCUUUUCCCUAUUGUCUGGUUCAUGGUGUACAGUACAGUCUCUACAUACACUCAGCAGUGAUUACUGAAUACUUGGCAACAGCAUUGCAACUGAACGCGGGGAAUCGAUACAUCAGGGAGUACUCGAUACAUGCUGAGCACCAGAAAGAGGCAGAGACAGAGACAGAUUCAAGCGUCACACAACAGCUGUUCGUAGAGGAAUUCACCCAUUAGUGC